AUGGGACAAACGGCAUCAACCCCCCUCUCCCUGACUUUAGACCACUGGUCAGAAGUUAAGGCCAGAGGGCAGAAUUUGUCACUAAUUGUUAAAAGAGGAAAGUGGCAAAUUUAUUGUGAAAGUGAAUGGCCCACGUUUAAGGUGGGAUGGCCGCGGACUGGUACCUUCGAUAUCCACACUAUCCGGGCCGUACGCGCCAUUAUCUAUACGAAAAUCAGAGGGGGUCAUCCGGACCAGGAACCCUAUAUCUCAGUAUGGGAGGUUCUGGCUCAAUACCCCCCUAUCUGGAUCAGACCUUUUCUCCCAUCCCGGGGAUUAAUCGAAUCACAGGUAGAGACCCGUACUCUAACGCUAACUGAGGGAGAAGGGGGGGACCGAGACUAUGAAAAGUUGAAAGAAAAAGAGCAGACACAUAUAUAUCCUGAAACAGAGGGACCCCCCGAAUGGCCAACGACACCACAACCGGAGCCGGCGGCCCUCGAACGGCCCCUACCAGCAGAACCUGACCAACCUCCUCCUUACCACCACCCCCCUCCACAAGCGCCUACUGCAGGGCCGUCUGCCGGCACCCGGAGUCGUAGGGGGGCAUCAGCAGACGGGCCUGAUUCAACUGUGGCCUUACCCCUUCGGGCGGUCGGGCCCCCUCCAGCCGAUCAAAAUGAGUUGCAGGUAUUGCAAUAUUGGCCUUUCUCUUCGUCUGAUCUAUAUAAUUGGAAAGCUAAUAACCCCUCUUUUUCGGAGAAUUCUGCCGCCCUUACAGGUUUGGUCGAGUCACUAAUGUACUCACACCAGCCCACAUGGGAUGAUUGCCAGCAACUUCUAAACACCCUUUUUACUACCGAGGAGAGAGAGCGGAUUGUCACAGAGGCAAGAAAGACAGUUCGUGAACCCGCUGGGCAACCGGCGCUGACGGCUGCGGAAGUCGAUGAGCUGUUCCCCAUAACGCAACCACAAUGGGACUAUAAUACUACAGCAGGUAGGGAACGGCUGUCCAUCUACCGCCGGGCUCUGGUAGCGGGACUUAGAGGGGCGGCAAGGAAACCCACAAAUUUGGCAAAGGUAAGAGAAAUUAUGCAAGGGUCGAACGAGCCCCCCUCUGUAUUUCUCGAACGGCUUAUGGAAGCCUAUCGAAUAUACACUCCCUUUGACCCAACGUCAGAGGGACAGAGGGCAUCUGCUAUCAUGUCCUUCAUUGGACAAUCGGCCUCGGAUAGAAAAAGAAAAUUACAACACAUCGAGGGAUUACAAGAUUAUACCCCGGAUGUGGUUAAAGAGGCCGAGAAAGUAUAUCACAAGAGAGAAACGGAGGAAGAGAAGCAGGAGAGGGAGAGAAAUGAGAGGGAGGAGAUGGAGAAGAAAAGGCAGAAACAAAAAGAUAAGAAUCUGACCAGAAUUUUGACUGCCGUUAUGGCAGAAGGGAGACAUCAGGGAGCUGGGAAACCGCAGGCAGGUUACCUGGGCGACAAUAGAAGACAAGGACCCAGGAGAUCCGGAGGGGGAAAAGGGCGAAUCGGUUUGGAAAAAGACCAGUGUGCAUUUUGCAAGGAAAAAGGACAUUGGACACGAGAGUGCCCUAAGAGAAAGGGGCUAAAAAUCAUGGCCCUAGAAGAAAACGAAGACUAGGGGAGACGGGGCUCGGCUCCCCUCCCCGAGCCUAGGGUAACCUUAAGAGUGGAGGGGACUCCUGUGGACUUUUUGAUCGACACAGGAGCCGAAUACUCUGUAUUAAAAGAACUCAUGGGAAAAGUCAAAAAUGAACGAACUAUGGUAAUUGGGGCCACUGGGAAAAAGAUGUAUCCUUGGACGACUGCCAGAACAAUAGACCUGGGGAGGAACCAGGUAUCCCACUUGUUCCUAAUUAUUCCUGAGUGCCCAACCCCUUUGUUGGGGAGAGACUUACUAACAAAAUUGAAGGCCCAGAUUAAGUUUUCCUCGACUGGGCCCGAACUGACUUGGGACGACAAAACACCCGGGACUUUUACACUAUCGCUUCAUUUGGGGGAAGAAUAUAGAAUCUAUCAGAAGAAGGGGGAACCGUCAAAAGACAUACACACCUGGCUAACCCGUUAUCCCCAAGCAUGGGCAGAGACAGGAGGGCUGGGGAUGGCAAGGCAGGUCCCUCCAAUCGUCAUUGAGUUAAAAUCUGGAGCUACCCCCACAGCGAUACGACAGUACCCUCUGACGAGAGAUGCCUUAAAGGGAAUGCGGCCACAUAUAGAGAGGCUAAUACAACAAGGGAUCCUAGUUCCGUGCAAAUCCCCGUGGAACACCCCUCUGUUGCCAGUGAAGAAACCAGGGACAAACGAUUACCGUCCGGUUCAGGACUUGCGAGAGGUAAACAAAAGAAUUCAGGACAUGCACCCCACGGUACCAAAUCCCUAUAACCUUCUGAGCUCUCUUCCAGAAGGACGAGUAUGGUACACCGUGCUGGACCUGAAGGACGCGUUCUUUUGCCUCUGCCUACACCCACACAGUCAACCACUGUUUGCUUUCGAAUGGUGUGACCCAGAUAGCGGCCGGGUAGGGCAGCUCACCUGGACGAGAUUACCCCAAGGAUUCAAGAACUCCCCCACGCUCUUCGAUGAGGCCCUACACCGAGACCUUGCAGCAUUCCGGACAAAGAAUCCCCAAGUGACCUUAUUGCAGUAUGUGGAUGAUCUGUUGCUGGCAGCCCCGGAUCAACUAAGCUGCAAAAAGGGGACUGAGGAGCUUCUAACCGAACUGGCUAAGCUGGGAUAUCGAGCCUCAGGGAAAAAGGCUCAGAUAUGCCAGAAAGAGGUAAUAUGUUUAGGUUAUACCCUAAAAGACGGGCAGAGGUGGCUCACUGAGGCCCGGAAACAGACCAUACUGCAGAUACCUACCCCAACCACACCACGUCAGGUGAGGGAAUUCCUGGGGACGGCAGGAUACUGUCGACUUUGGAUACCGGGGUUUGCCACUUUAGCUGCCCCUUUGUACCCGCUCACAAAAGAAAAAGGAGAGUUCAUUUGGACUGCAGAGCACCAGAAAGCUUUUGAAAGCCUAAAGAAGGCCCUGCUGCAGGCCCCUGCCUUAGCAUUACCUGAUUUAACCAAACCAUUCACUUUAUUCGUCGAUGAAAGGAAUGGGGUUGCCCGGGGGGUGCUGACCCAAACCUUGGGACCCUGGAAGCGUCCAGUGGCCUAUCUAUCAAAAAAAUUAGACCCUGUUGCAAGCGGCUGGCCUUCAUGUUUAAAGGCCAUUGCCGCUGCUGCUUUGCUGGUAAAGGACUCAGAUAAGUUAACAUUUGGUCAGUAACUGUCUAUUGUAGCCCCCCACGCCUUGGAGAGCAUUGUCCGGCAACCCCCAGACUGAUGGAUGACAAAUGCCCGGAUGACCCACUAUCAAAGUUUGCUUUUGACAGAACGAAUUGUAUUUGCACCACCAGCUGUCUUGAAUCCAGCCACCCUGUUACCUGAGAUGGGAGAUUCCCCCAUCCAUGAUUGUGAGGACGUUCUGGCAGAGGAAACUGGUGUCCGGGCGGACCUGAUGGAUCAACCUAUGCCAGGGGUGCAGGCAUGGUUCACAGAUGGGAGUAGCUACCUUGUGGAAGGUAAACGAAAGGCUGGGGCAGCAGUGGUAGACGGGAAGAGAGUCGUCUGGGCAAGUGCCCUACCUGAAGGAACUUCGGCGCAAAAAGCCGAACUAAUAGCCCUAAUACAGGCCCUAAGACUGGCAGAGGGAUUGUGUAUCAACAUCUACACGGACAGUCGAUAUGCCUUUGCAACAGCACUUGUGCAUGGCGCCAUCUAUCGCCAAAGGGGGCUAUUAACCUCGGCAGGAAAAGACAUCAAAAAUAAAGAAGAGAUAUUAAGCCUUCUGGAAGCAAUCCACCUUCCAAAGAAGGUAUCUAUUAUGCACUGCCCAGGACACCAGAAAGGCUCAGACCUUGUAGCAAAAGGAAACCAGAUGGCUGACAAACAUGCCAAGGAAGCGGCACAAGGAUCCAUGAUUCUAUUGGCAAAUACCAGAGAUUCUAUUCAAAUAAAGAGGUCAGAAGCGGCGGAAGGAACCACUCUCUCUGAAGAAGAGGGCAUAGCCUAUAUUACCCGCAUACAUCAACUGACCCACCUGGGGUCGGAAAAAAUGAUUGCACUGGUAAAGAAGUCACGGAAUAAGAUACCAGGACUGCGGAGAUUGGCGGAGAAAGUGGCCCGUGACUGCCAAGCCUGUGCAAUAACAAAUGCCGGGUCCAGUAAGAGUCCCAAAGGGACGAGGCUACGGGGAGACCGCCCUGGCACUUACUGGGAGGUAGACUUCACUGAGGUAAAGCCUGCAAAAUAUGGCAAUAGGUACCUGCUGGUCUUUGUAGAUACCUUUUCAGGAUGGGUAGAAGCUUUUCCGACAAAAAAAGAGACGGCUCACGUGGUAGCCAAGAAAAUUUUGGAAGAAAUUUUACCUCGAUUCGGAAUUCCAAAGGUAAUUGGGUCAGACAAUGGACCUGCAUUUGUCGCCCAGGUAAGUCAGUUACUGGCUAAGCAAUUGGGGAUUGACUGGAAGCUUCAUUCUGCCUACAGGCCCCAGAGUUCAGGACAAGUAGAAAGAAUGAAUAGAACCAUAAAAGAGACACUAAUCAAGUUAAUUUCAGAGACCAGUGGGGGUGAUUGGACAGCCUUUCUCUCCCUUGCUCUUUUUCGCGCGCGGAAUACCCCUGGACCGAGCGGACUAACCCCUUUCGAAAUAAUGUACGGGUCACCUCCACCCAUAAACGAGACUUUGGGGAAUACAAUGCUCCUUGAUGAUGGUAUUGUUCCCACUUCUCCCCUCGUAGCUCGACUGAAGGCGCUGGAAGUAGUUAGGAAGGAGAUUUGGGAACAGUUGAAAGAGAUCUACGCUCCAGGUGACGCUGCAGUCCCACACCAGUUUGAAGUUGGAGAUACAGUACUGGUAAGACGACAUCGAACUGGAAACCUUGAACCUAGGUGGAAAGGACCUUACUCAGUACUCUUAACUACUCCCACAGCGGUAAAGGUAGACGGUAUAGCUGCUUGGGUCUACGCCUCGCACGUAAAGAAGGCACCACCAGGGACAGAUCAAAAUGAGUGGACAGUGGAAAAAUCUGAUAAUCCUCUUAAGUUACGUUUGCUUAGGAACCAACAGUAG